UGUGGGAAAUUAAAAUGUCCGACACCGCUUUCCUGGACCAGUUGACCAACAAGGAGCUGCUGGCCAAGUGCCUGCAGCUCGGCCUGCCGGGCGUUCCGGUGACGGACAGCACGCGCAGCGUCAUCAUUCGCCGGCUGAAGGCCGCAAUCACCGGGGUGCCGCUGAACAAAAGCAAAUCUGCGAGUAAGAAAUCCACACCCAGGCGGGAAACCGUUCACGGCAGCCAGGUGGCGACGCCCACAUCGGAGCCAGUGCGUCGCACGGCCGGAAGAAGUGCACACCGAAGCGAUGGCAGCAAGAUCAGCGAGCAGAGCCGUCGCACCAUCGCCUACGGACUGGACAACACCUCGAUCUCGGGGAGAUCUGUGCAGACCACGACCACGGUCUCGGAUGUGGGCUCCCAGUCGGAGGACGACGACUUCUACAUGGUGGACUCGCCGGGGAUUAAAAGCCGCCAAGACAGGCGCUCGGUUUCGCUGACCAAAUCGGGAGUUUUGACCACUUCCUACACCCGCGAAGUGGACCAGCCGCUGUACGAACAGGAGGACUUGCCCAGUAGGAGUUACACCUACGAAAGGCCAGCUGCUUCUCUUCACUCCCUUCCCACCUACGAGCCACGCAUCGAGCCAUCCUCUUACAGGCGCUCUGAAUUGGGUUUCUCGCGACCUUUGCUGACCCAAUCGGAUUUGAACUCAACCAGCUACCUGGAGGCCUCGGGAUUCAAUCCCUCACUGUCGCCCGUCUCGCCGAGAAACACUUACAGCGGCUCCGCCCGGCCCUUUGGCGGCCCAUCACCAGCUCCUCUACGCCAGCGUCCCAGUGUUCCAAGCUUGGCACGCGGACGACUGCUCCAGCCAACCACCGCAGUGAACACGCUUUAUCCGCAGCUGAAUCAGUUCUACGAUCAGCCAGAUCAUGCAGACGAACCCAUGGAAACGGAGAGUGAAUCCGAGGGGGAGCAGGCGCCCGUCAGGAGCAGCUUUUUCCCAAACAAACGCUCUCCACCGCUGGCCAGGAAACCUCUCGUGCGACAGCAGGAUCAGGUGUCGCCCAUGGCGCAGUUCCGUGCUCUGAUCAUUUCGCUGGAUCAGAAAUAUAAUCUCAAAUUCUACUUCAUACUAGUGGUGACGGUGAUGCUGGCCACUUUGGUUUAUGUGGUCAUGACGCCCAACUCCUAAGAAGAUGCCUUACUUUGAAAUUUGGUUUUGGUUACUGCAUUUUA